AUGGGUGCAGCCGUGUGCCGUGUUGUGGCCGCCAUCGGCUGCGUUGUGGCCGUCGCUGCUGGCGUCGCGCUCACGGUGUGCACGGGCGGCCUCGGAGCAGGUAUCGUUGCUGGCGCCCUCUUGGGCUUCGGCAUGGCCGGAUUCAUGUACACAGUGAGGAACUGGGAGAACUUCAGCUUCAACGAAUUCUUCAGGCAGGGAAUUGUUGGGGCAAUUGUUGGCGCAGUGGGAGGAGGUUUACUCCAUGGCGUUUCUGGGGCCGCCGCUCACUUUGCCGGCAGCUUGGUCAAGCAAAGCAUCGUGUACACGCUCGGAGGGGCCGCGACGGGUUUCAUUUGCAAUGUCGUCCAGAACGUGGCGACCGGCAAGCCGGUGUUCCAAAACUGGUGGCAGUCACUCGCAAUUGGUGCGGUGGGUGGAUUGUUGAUGGGCCUAGCCGCUGGCUUGGCGGACAAGUUGACCAACGUGAUGGUGAAGAGCCGUGAAGCCUUGAAACUGGCCGAGGCCAGCAUCUUCAAGAGUAUCCGACCCUACAAAGAGAUCUUCCACUUCGUGGGCAACCUUGCCAGCUCUGCGCUUACCGAUGUUGUGGCCCAGCUCAUGCUGACUGGUAAGGUCGAUGCAGGUGAGCUGCUGAUGGCUUGUGGGGCCGCCGCCUUCAUGGGACUGGCCGGUGCUGCGGCCAAGCGUCGUCAAAGCAGGAAGGACAUGCAGUUGAUCGAACAAGCAGAGCAGACCAGACAGGCGUACAAGAAGGUCACUGGCAAGCACCCCGAGAUGACGUGCGCGAUGAGGCAGCGUGGUAGCAAGUCCGUCUACACCGGCGUCAACUCCAAGACAAAUUGGCGGGUGUACCAGAAGCAUGGUGGGAGGCACCCUCGGCAAUACCGUUCAUUCCAAAAGCGACUCUUUGGGAGCAAGGCUCGGUUUCGAGGGCAGCAGCAGAUGCCCUGCGCUGAAGGCCAUGCUGCGACCGAAAUGAUGCGAGCCAACAAUUUGCAUCAAGGAAAGCCUGACACAAAGGCCUUGAGUGACAUGCUCCGGAACUCCAAGGGCGUUACCAUCAAUGCCUACGGACAGUACAGGCCGCCUUGCCAGGAAGCGUGCCGGGGUCAAUUCGAUUGGAAUGGCUAUCAAGACCGUCGCUGGUUUUCUGGUCCCGACCCCAACUACUACCGAGUCGCCAUGAGACCGCCGCCAGAGGUGCUCUCAAGACAGACUCCGCAGCUGCCCUCGCCCCCAACACGGCCACCGCCACUGUCAUGCCCGCAGCCCGACGAGCCCGACGAGCCCGACGAGCCCGACUCUGGCGAAGAUGAUGAUGAUUAUGAUGUCUCUUCAACGAGCUCAAGUGAACAUACCUCUGCUGAAGAGCUAGACCACACGUUGGGGUCUAGCUCAGGGCUUUCAGAUGUUGCUGACUCCGAGAAUGCUGACGCAGCCGAAGCGGAUGUUUGUGACACGCUGCCCGGCAGCGAUGUUGAUGGCAACCUCUCCGUGAAGGAUGAGGAGGCGACUGCGCCGCGUGCUGACUUGACGAUGGCGGAGCCCAGUGUCGAUGGUGUUUCCCCGAGUGCACAGGCGCCUGGGGGUUCAACAGCUUCUCCAAAUGAAGUGCCACACUUCUCCGACGCCAUGAGGGGGGAGACAGUCAACAUGCUGGAUGCCUCCAAGCAAGAAGGCACAGAAGGCACAGCAGUGGAGGUUUCAGGAAGUGGCUCAGGGCCUCAGCCGCCUCCGCCGCCUCCGCCGCCAGGUGGAGGCAUCAACAGGUACGAAUCGUUUGCGGCAGAGGACAGAGACCGGAAGGAGCUCCUCUUGCGGGGCAUCGAGGCUUUGGAAGACGCAGGUUGUGAGCAGGUCGGGUAUGUGCCCGUGCAAGUAUCCGUGGCCGCGAAGCGAUUGGGCCAGCGCAGCGGGGUUCCCGGCCAUGGGAGGAGCCUGGGCUCCGGCAGCGCACGCUCACCACAGAAGCCCGCGCCGGAUCAGCAGGAUCCGCAAGAGCUUCGGUUCAUGAAGCUUUUGCUUCAGUCCGAGUCCAACCUGAUCUACUUGGGUCCCGACUCCCUGCCGCCGGCCGACACCUCUUCUGUGGACUUUCAUGCACAUCUUCGCCCGUGUUCUGUCCUGCAGAAGUUCCGUACACCUGGUGAUGGCAACUGCUUUUUCCACGCGGAGGCAAGCGACAACGCCUUUGUGCAUGAAGACCCCGUCGGCGUUCGCCAUGAAUUUACCCAGCACACCUGUCGCAUUGUCAGCUCUGAGCAUCGAGGCAAAGUGCACGACCUCUUCCUUGCAAUGUCUGAGUUGUGGCAGGAUGUCCAACGCGGAAACGCUGAUGAAGCCAAAAAGACUCGGUUCUUUGUCAAGCUGUCGCGAAAGAAGGAGCAGCUUGAGCAAGACAGCAGCGUGGAGUCCGGCAAGACCUUGGCAUCGCUACUUGAAACGGAGCUGGACAACGACCAGGCCGGCGCGCUGGAGGCGUGUGAGAGGUGGAUAACUUCCGGCGCCUGGAUGGGCCUCUGUGAUGCAGAGCUCUACGCUGCCGUGAUGAACAAGUAUUUCGUCAUUGUGGUGGACACCUUGAUUGCCGGACAACCCUUGUGGGUGAUGCACUACUUCCCUGGCAGUGCCCCAGCAGAGCUGCAGCCCAACUACAUGUUUUACUGUGGCACAGAGAGGGGUCAUUUCGAGGGACUGAAGAUGAAGCAGCGUGGCCACGGUGCUCAGGCUGCCGAGCCUAUGCUUUCAGUUGCAGAUGAAGCAGCGGCUUCGCCCAGCGCAGGAGAUGUUCGGAAGCCGCUUGCAGAAUCCGUGCCGCUCAUCGAGCCGUCUGCAUCUCGCAACUUCAAGAUGACUGCCAACCCAAAUUUCUCCUUCGAGCCCGGCACCAUCGGCACGGUGUGCUUCACCUCGAUGACUCGCAACAUGGGGAUCACACGACUACAGCGGCAGCUGGUGUAUGCCUUGGGGUAUUCUACAAAUGUGGAUCAAGCGCUGUCGGCCUGGCAAUGGCCGCCAGUAUUAUGCACGAAGCUCCCAAACAUGUCGGCCAGGAUCGCAGGGGCCUGUGACCACCUGGCUCUGAUUGACGUCAAUGGCCGACACUUGAAGCAGCAAACCCUCACUGUGGACAUGGAGCCGGUGGACAAACAGACAGCUCUCAGGGACCAGCAAGUUUGCAUGUUUGUUUUUCGGCUCUUGAAGAAAAGGAUGGGGGAGCGCUACGAUCUUCUUCAGAAUGUACUGGCCAGCCACUGCGUGAUUCCAAUCCGCGCGGACAAGGCGCGCCCAGAAGUGAAGGAAGGUAGCCCGCCUGACAUGCUUCAUUGCGACGUCGAGAAAUGGUUGCCUUCUUACUUGGAGUCCACAGUCUUGCAUUUGUGCACACAGCUGCAGUUGAAGCAUCACCUCAUUUCGCAGGGAGGUGUUUGCGCAUUGCUUCCAGUGGCCCGGUCAUUAACAUUCGUCGUGGUGGAAGAGGAAGGUGGUGAUGCCAGCAAUGCCUUCACAUAUGCCAGGACAAAGACGGACGAGUUCGCCAGCAAAAUUCAGGACGAGCAAGCUGGCACCUCUGAAAUCCAGGAGUCCUGCAAGCAGUUGAAGGAGAUUUUCAAAGAUCGCAUCCAGGUCUUUGGCGUGCACGCCGGUAGCCAAGAAGACCUGCUUGCCCUGGGUGAGCACCUUGCCAGCCAAAACUUCACGAUCCCUCAGGCUGCCACGUUGCAGCGCGCAGAGAAGGAUCCGCUGCCCGAAAAGCUUCGCGCGCGCUUGAAGAAGAUCAUCUAUGACCUUCCACCGCAGCACCAUGUUCCCACGGUGUUCCACGACUACGCGAAGUCAGUCCACGAGACCUUCAAGCGCAUCCUUGCUAAGCAGCUCUCCACCAAGAUCAUGUCCCGUUUCAAGCGUUUCUUGAAAAAGUUGGAGUUGCUUGAUUCCAGCGACCGUCUGGCCGACAUGGAGGCUGUUAAGACAUGCCUGCGAUCAAAGGAAGGGUGGAUGUACAUCAUGGAGGCCUCCGCGAUGAAGUUUGGGCUCAACGACUUGUGGACCGCAGCGUGGGACCAGCUUUGUGCCGACAAGGAGGUGUCCAAGUCCACACGCAUCGUCGUUGGAGAGGACUUGAAGCUGAAUACGCCGAUGCCCACGGAGGACGACCCCUUGAAGGGCCUUCAGGACAUGAUUGACGAGGCUGGCAAAUACGUGUCUAGUUUGCCCGAAGACCACCCGGCACGUGUGCACUUUCAGCGCGUGUGUGAUGGUGCCAAGAAGGCCGAGGAGGAGGCAGAAGCAAACAACAAGAAGGUCAGUGAUUGCGACCCUGCAUUUUCGUUGCGCUUGGUGUUGCAGCUGGGGGUGGCCAUGUGGCGAGGAGGAGUGACGAGACAAGAUUGGGAUUCCCAAAAGCACGGGCUCGGCAUCGUGACAUAUCCUUCGAAGUUGAUUGGUGACAAAGAGUGGGUCGGCUUGCUCCAGAACUGGUGCUUCUUGGGUGCUAGUGCGGCGGGGUCUGAGGAGUACUACAACGUCAUCGGGGCCUGCGAACAUCACAUGCUGACGUUCAAGGACUUCAUGGAUUGCCGCCUGUGGGACGUGUUUGCCAUGAUGGUUCGGGGUGGUUGCGGCAUUGAGCUUCGUGACCUUGGUAUUCUGAAGGAGGCGGAGCGCAUUCUCCUUAUGUCGCGGCACCAAGAGCCGACGCUUCUGGACGAUGUGAAACAUCACGUGAUCCGAUUCUUGAGCCAUGCUUGUGUGUGCACGACGGAAUCGCAAUGCGCUGCGCUUGAGUCCGAGCAGAUGGCCACGGAUGCAGGUGUUUCCUCCUCCACAGUCGGGAUCUUGAAAGAGCUCGGCAAGCGGGUGGCGAGGUUGCAGCACCGGGAGGGGGCGAGGUUGCAGCGCCGGGAGGGCGCGGUGGCAACGCAUGCUGAGAGCUUCGUCUGCCGCUACAGGCAGCUCGAGGAUGUGCAGCCAGCUCUCGAUGAGGCUAUCAACAGAGAGCUUGCAGUGCUCAGCCAGCGCGCUGCGGCAGUGAUGGAAGAGGAGGAACGCCGUGGACUUCAGCAAGACAUGAAGCGCGUGUUUGCCUCCGCGCGCGCGGAGGCAGAUGCCAUGCUUUCGAAAGAGGAUAUCAUCGAUGUUCUGUCCAAACCAGAAAUUCUCAGCACCAUCCCAUCUCUGAGCGAGCGGAGCUCGGCUGCGGCAUGGCGGCUCGUGCAGCACGCGGUGUCACCGCCCAAGGAAGUGCUCGUGAGCAGCUUGCUACAGAUGGACGCGCAGAAGAAUUGGAUCGCCAAUGGCCUGGGCAUCUCUGUCACCAAGCUUCCCAACAAACAGGCGAUGGAGAGUGUUUGCAGCCUGGCGCUCGUGGCCAUGCAUCUCAAGGAGGCCGACAAGAAGCUUCAGAACAGCAGGCGCGUCCUGCACGCAAUGUCCAACGUAUACCCUCAGGUCUUGGACGCAGGGGUAAAGAGCUGGGAUCAAUUGGACCCAGAGACGCAGGACACGCUGUUGAUGUUCUUCUACCUUCUAGCCGUGCGUCCGGGCAGAGACGGUGAGAUUGAUGAAGAGCGAGAUACUCGUACAUCCGGCGAGGAGGCUCAGCUCGCCCUCAAGACGGCCUUCAAGCUCCUAAAAAAGGAGGAGUGGGUACUGCGGCUCGUCCGCGGGCUGCUCUCGCGCACCGAUGCACUCGCAGUGAAACAGUUGCACUGGUCUUUGGGCUUGUUGAACUUGCUCUUGCGCUGCCAUGUGGGCCGGACGCGGAGUUUCGGCGGCCAAGCUCAGGGAGGCGUACGCAUACCUGAUACGGUGCUCCAGUUUGCAAAAGACCAUGCCAUCCGUGAGCAGCUGGAGGCCAUACUAGUUCAAGCUGCUGAGCAAGAGGAGCUCAAGAAUGUUGCCAAGGAGGCCUUAUGCACCUGUGUGAACUUCUCACAGCUGUUCGCCGAGAACAUCCGCUGGGUUGACGUCCGCAAAAAGCUUGUAGAGACAAGAACUCCCGUUGGCGUGGAAUCCCUGCGCAAGUAUCCGAUUGACUGCUUCGGCAGCUCCGAUGACCUCCGCAUCCAGUUCCAGAAGAUGGGGGACUUCAAGAAUGGGAACAGCCUCUCUUUCCGGCUGCUGGCUAUCUGCGCAGCUUGGCUCACCACUGGCGCGCCGGACCGCCUGAAGGAUGCAUUCAGAGAGCUACAGCGCCUUGCUGAGCGGCUGGCCUCCCAGAAGGACACUCCGACACUCGAGUUCAAGAGCGCUCGAGCGCCAGCAGCGCCAGCUGAUGUGGAAGUCUGCGAAGGCGGCGGGCAGUGUGUGGCAGGUGCCAGCGUUGGGCCAAGCCCAGGCCCAGGCCCAGAGCGCCAUGAGUCACGGCUGCUGAAGCCUCAGCCUCGCCCAGAGCCUCGACCGUCGCAGCCGGAGGCGUCGCAGCCGGUCCCCGAGCCGGUCCCCGAGCGGGUCCCCGUGGACAAGGCGGCGCGCAUCGCCCGAUGGCUGGCCAGCAACAAGUACGGUCGGUACGACGCCGCCGCUGGGGUAAGCUUGGAAAUCUUUUGGGGCGUGCUGCAAGAAUAUCUGAGACUAGGAGCGGUUCGUCUGCUCGUCAAGAUCCUGCAGGAUGCCAGCAACGAACUUCGGUCGGGCCGCGAGCCCCGUCCUUUAAAGACGCAAAGCAAUCGCUUCAAAGAGGCCAUCAUGAGCGACAUGACCGUGAGCGAACAGGUCUUGGAGUUUUUGAAAGAGCUCGGCUACGAGGAGCAGGGCGAUCAGCUCAGUCUCGCAUCCAGCGAGAAGGACAAGCUCUUGAAGAAGCUCGAGCAUGCAUUGGCAAGUCUCUCCACCUGUGGGAGCCGAGUGCCAAAUUCUCAGUAG